AUGUUCUUCGGGAGUAUUUGUGUGGUGCUAGCAGUAUUAAGCCUAUUUGCUCUAUAUACUCACAAUACUUGUGGUUAUAAAUGUGUCAGUGAUGAUGCUAUUCCUACCUCAUAUACAGUUAGUUGUGCACUUAUAACAGCAAGUUAUAUUUAUGUUGCUAUACUUACGCAAAUAAAUAGAAGGAAAGGUGUGAUAUCAUCUUGGUUGCUGUGGAUAUUUUGGAAAUUUGUUGUAAUAUGUGGUAUUGUUCCAUUACAAGAUAAUAUUUUAUAUCAACCAACAUGUAUAAGUAGUAUAUUGCAGUAUAUCAGUUUCGGAUUGUCGUGUUUUCAACUUGUACUAUACAGUUUAGCUGAUAGUCCGAGUGUUUAUGGAUACGAAAGAAUAGGAAAGCCUGUGUGCCCAAAGUCUUAUGCCUCAGUAAUCUCAAAGCUGUUUUUCUGGUGGUUCACCCCAAUUGUUCGGACCUGUUAUAAACGUACAAUCAGCAAAGACGACCUUUGGGAUCAGCAUCCAGAGCUUCAAGCGGAAACAGUAGUCAAUGAUUUACAGUUGUUGUGGGCGACACAAGAAAAUAUUGCAAAUCGUAGGAGAAUUCUUCAAGAGAGCAGUUUAGUCAGAAGUGAAUACAAUACGAAUGGGAAUAUUCCGGGAGAAGAGACAGCCUUGCUUCAACGAAGUCUCUCUGAUGAAGAAGAUGAUUCAAAAUUGGAAAAUCCUUCCCUUUAUAAAUGUUGUUUUCAACUUUAUGGACUAGAAUGGUUUCGUGCAGCCGGCCUGAAAAUUUGCUGCGAUAUUUCAAUCUUAUUACAGCCUUUAAUUCUAAAGCUAAUUGUUAACGAAACAGAGAAGCCAAGCGAAGAAAGAGUAAUGUGGUAUGGAAUAGUAUUAGCAGUACUCAUAUUUUUGCUUGGACAGUUGGAUGCUACGUUCUAUAUUCAUUCAUUACAGCUGAUGGUCACACUAGGGUUAAAGGUCAAAACAGCACUUAUAGGUAUCAUAUACAGGAAGACUUUGAAAGUAAACAACAGCGUGAGAAAAGAUUAUACAGUCGGAGAAAUAGUCAACCUAGUUUCUGUCGACUGUCAACGUAUUCAAGAUGCUUUCACAUAUUCACACGAAAUGUUAUCUUACUUUUCUAUACUAACGUUUGGAGUAUAUGAGCUCUGGGAUGUCAUGGGUGCUUCAACAGUUAUAAAGAUGUACGCUUGGGAACCAUAUUUUCAGAAGAAGAUACGAGGAAUCAGAUUAAAAGAAAUGGCUAUCUUAGGCAAAAUAGCACGUGUAACAGCAUGCUCUAUUGUUGGUGCAACACACAGUCCUUUUAUGGUAAAUAAUUAA